AUGUCAUCCCUAUUCAAUCCCUUCGCCCGCUCAUGGGUUAUACUCAUCUUAUCAAUCGGUCUGGUGUACAGCUUGGCUGUCCCCUCAGGUGUCAACGAUCAACAGAACCUCAACGCGAUCGUACUAGAUGAUCGACAUUCCAGUGAGAAUGAAAUUGUCGAUUUGACGGGGUCCGAUCUUGGUCAAGUCCCACUCAUGAACCAACCUAGAAAUGAUAAUAAUAGAGGAUGGUUGGCUAGGUGGUUAAGUAUGGGUGGAGAAGGGGAAGUAGUUGUCCAUUUACCUCUCGGUUUACAUCAACCAAACCUGACCCUCCCUCAUCGUCCUGCCUCCUUUCCUGACUUAUCACAUCUAUCACUCCCUCUCCCAAUCUCUGGAUUCCUCACUCCCUUUUCCAAAUUAGACCCUUCUUUAGAGGCCGACAAUAAUAAGGAUGUGAACUUUCUCCCUUCCGGUGGGGGGAUGGCAUGUCUCCCACCUCUUGGAUUACCACGUCCUCCCACGCAUCCUCGUCCAGGCGAGAGCUACACGAUAGCACUGGUGGAAAGGGGAGGGUGCGAUUUCGCAACCAAAAUUCGUGCGGCGCAAGAUCGUAAUGCUCAUGCUGUCAUAGUUGGGGACAGUGUCCAGCACCCAGGGGAAACUGACGAAGAAGGUAGGAAAAGGGAGAGUUUGAUCACUAUGUUCAGUCCUGAAGUCACAGAUUCGAUAUUCAUACCAUCUGUAUUCGUCUCUCGAGCAUCUUACUUGGCUUUGAGGGAUCUGUUGGCAAAUGGAACCUCGUCGGGUAAACAGGAAAGAGAAGGUCUCUGGGUUGACUUGAGUCAAGGAUCUGAUGAGUCUGGAGCGCUCACUAGCUUACUAUCCUUCGCAUUGCUCAUGCCGAGCUUGUUCCUUUUGGCUACCGUCGCCAUUCACCGGAUUAGAGUUGCCAGACAACGUGAAAAAGAUCGUGCACCACCUAUGAUUGUCCUCUCCCUUCCUGAGAGGGUCUGGACACCCGAUAUCGUAUGGGAGAAAGACGAUUCAUCUUCUGAUCGAUCCGUCGGAACCCAAUCUGGAGCCAAUUCACCUACCAGUCAAUCAAUCUUAAUUAAGAAGAACAAUGUCACGGAUAUGAACGUAAAUGAUGAAAGUCAAAUUGCAUCUUCUUCAUCGAAUGUCCCAAUCAGUCUCGAAACCCCACCACCCCCACCUCCUAUAUCUCCUUCGGAAGUUCGUACUCCACCUUCAAUCUCUAUUGAGAUACCCAAUCCUUUGGAUGAGGUCGUAUCACCGAGCAGCGGUAGUCCCUCAAGAUCUAAGAAAGAUAAACACAAACAUCGAGCUAAACGACAUGUGAAAAGACAGUAUUUCUCAAAAGAUGAAUGUGCGAUUUGUAUGGAUAACUUCGAAAAGGGAGAUAUAGUCAGGAUAUUGCCUUGUGGACAUGUUUUUCAUAAGGAGGAAUGUGAUGAGUGGUUAAUGAAAUGGAGGAAGUUGUGCCCUACCUGCCGAGCAGAUGUGACUCUCCCUCCAGGUGGCAAUGUGAAAGGAUCGACGAUCACUCCAGUCACAAACCCACCUGAUCAUCCGGCUGGAGCAGUGAUUCCCAGGGAAAGGAACAGUUCAUGGAUGAGUUUAUUCAGAUCUGCCAGAGAGAGGUUAUAUGGGUUGUGGGGCAAUAAUGAAGGAGAAAGUGAGACGACCCCACUUAUACCUAGAACUCCUAACGAACGAAGGUCGUCGACUAGUAGUUUAUAA